AUAGGGGAAGGAAGGGGGAGGAGUUGCAGCUCUCAACCAGAGCCUGCCUCUCUGAUAUCGGAGGGACCUAGAAAGGCAGUUGCGGAGUAGGAUGCUCUGCGGGACGCCCUGAGCCGGGGAGCCGCUUAAAGCAGCUUCGGGGACUGGGGCAAUUGGGCAGCUUUCACAAUGCAUCAGUCCCUGACUCAGCAGCGGUCCAGCGACAUGUCCCUGCCCGAUUCCAUGGGAGCCUUCAAUCGGAGGAAACGGAAUUCCAUCUAUGUCACCGUGACAUUGCUUAUUGUGUCCGUGUUAAUUCUCACGGUGGGCCUUGCUGCAACCACCAGGACGCAGAAUGUGACUGUUGGGGGUUAUUACCCGGGAGUUAUUCUUGGCUUUGGGUCAUUCCUUGGAAUCAUCGGAUCAAACCUUGUUGAGAACAAACGGCAGAUGCUGGUGGCUUCUAUUGUGUUUAUCAGCUUUGGUGUUAUUGCAGCUUUUUGUUGUGCCAUAGUUGAUGGAGUCUUUGCUGCCAGACACAUUGAUCUGAAGCCACUGUAUGCUAACCGGUGCCACUAUGUCCCCAAGACAUCCCAGAAAGAAGCUGAAGAAGUGAACUGUCCACACCUCAGCCGUGGGUUCUGCACACCUCGCAUCCGGGGCAACACCUGCUUCUGCUGUGACCUCUACAACUGUGGCAAUCGCGUGGAGAUCACUGGUGGGUACUAUGAAUACAUAGACGUCAGCAGCUGCCAGGACAUCAUCCACCUCUACCACCUGCUCUGGUCUGCCACCAUUCUCAACAUUGUCGGCCUGUUCCUGGGCAUCAUCACUGCUGCUGUCCUUGGAGGCUUUAAGGACAUGAACCCGACCCUCCCAGCACUGAACUGUUCUGUUGAAAAUACCCAUCCAACUGUUUCGUACUACGCUCGUCCCCAAGUGGCAUCCUACAAUACCUACUACCAUAGUCCGCCUCACCUGCCACCAUAUUCUGCUUAUGACUUUCAGCAUUCCAGCGUCUUUCCAUCCUCUCCCCCUUCUGGACUUUCUGAUGAGCCCCAGUCUGCUUCUCCCUCACCCAGCUACAUGUGGUCCUCGAGUGCACCACCCCGUUACUCUCCUCCCUACUAUCCACCUUUUGAAAAGCCACCACCUUACAGUCCCUAAAGAGGAAUACCUGCUCACUACUGAGAUUAUUGUGGCUUUUGUAUUUCUGCUUUAGUGGAAGUAAAUAGGGUACAAAAUGUAAAGUGACUCUUAUGCAUAAAGUUUUACAAAUGGCCAGACAGGCUAGGGAAAGAAAGAGAUGAAGCUUAUUCCUUAGCACUGCAGAAUCCAACACUUCAAGGAGGGCAGCUCACAGUAAACAAGGCUGGGGAGCCAGACCAGCAAGAAGCUUGUCAUGUUUGGACCUGCUUUACCCUAUGUUCCACCUCUGUACUGAGCAAAUGUGUGGUUACCAUCUAUUUUACUUUAUGUAAAGGAGUGUUGUCCUCAGGCCUUUGACAGAUUACCACCCUAGCACCCUGGUGGAAGCAUCUGGUUUAUAAGCGCUCUUUCCCUACCACUGAAGUCAGUCUCUAAGGAACAUUUCCCAGGUGAUGGGGCAACCCAGUAGUUCCAAUACAGAGAGCUCUGGCUAAGAUUUUGUCUGCUUGUGGAAAAAAAGCUGCCCAUAUCUUACUCCUUUUUUCUUUGUAUUGUAAAAACAACUUUGAGAUCAUUCAGCUCAGUUUUUGUUACCUCCUAAAGGGAAAAGUGCAAUAUUCCCUUGAGUAGUAGAGAACAUGACUGAUUGUUCCAGAAGCAGAGCAACAUGUGAUAUAUUUUAAGCAGAUCUCAGUAAGAAAUCUGACAACUUAGGAGACAGUGGCUUGAUUACAAGUUGCAUUAUUAGAAAAUUUGCUGCAGGAGAUAUAAAUCUUACGAUUGAAAUUCAGUUUUAAAAUGUUAAUUAGGUUCCUGGGUUGUGACAUGAAUUGUUACUAAUUGUUGUGACUAUUUAAUCUUCAACUAUUGUGCUUCAGCCCCAGCAAACCGCACGUAUCCUGCACCUCACCCCAGAAGAAUCAUCUGUAUUUUAAUAUCAUUGCUCUUAUUGGCCCUUUUUUCUGUUAAAACCAAUCAAGAUAGUGUUCAAUUCAACAUUAUGAAAGUGUUACAGUGGCACAUCAAGUCUGUAAAAUCUCAAAUGUACCCAAUGUGACAAAUUCUUAGGUGUCACCAUAGAUUUAAAAUCCAUUUGGUACACUGGCCAAUUUUACAAUUCUUUUAAUUUACAUAACUUUAAAAAAUCAAUCUGAUGAGUUUAAAACACUUUAGCACCCAUUCCUUCACUUUAGGAUGAACACUUUCAUUGUCAUCUUAUGUUAACCUGAAAAUACAUUUAAAGGAAGACUUUAAUCCUACGUAUAAUGUAAAAAUACAGGGGCUUCAGAAGGGUACUUAAUUAAGACAGUUUUGCAAACACAGAACACAUACUGGAAAAAUUUCCAGCCAAUUUUGCUACCUCCUGACUUGAUGGAUUUGAGGUAGCAGACAAAUGCUGGUGCUCCCAUCUACCUUGUAGACACCUGGCCAUCAAGAAUCCCCAAAUCACAACAAGUGCACUCAUUGUUCAAUGUUUGCAAAAUAUCCAGUUUAAUUUUCAGAAUCAUGUUGUCUUAUCCAGAUUGCAAAUCUGAAAAACUAUAAUCCUUUUGCAUUAUACAAAAUUACUAUUAUUUUUUACAAUGCUGAGCAUAUUCAAAUUCUAUUGGAUUUUAAAAGUGUCUAAUAACCAACUUACAAUACAAAUAUUGACUUGUUAGAAUAUUCAAAGAAAUUUUUUGCUGUUUACACUUAACCUUUUGCUUUAGUGAAUGUGUACAUUUAGUUUUUUAAAAGGCACCAUUACACAAAAUAUCCUACAUUUAUCACAUUUCUUAAAAUGUUAAGAUUCUAUAACUCAUUUCUAUGUAUUUUUCUUACUUUACAAAAUAACUUGAAACAGUAUAGAUUUUGUAACACUUAAUUUGAGCAGCUUCUUUUUUUAUUACAUUGAAUUAUAUAAAGUGCACGUUACCUUAGAAAAAUAUUUGCUGCUUUACUGUUUUGCAAAAAAAUUGCUGUAAUGAAGGAAUUUGUAUCUCCAAUAUGUAUUUGACUGCAUUUUGUAAUAUUUACUGCUUAAUUCCUAAUUCUGCUUUAAAGUAUUGAACUGGGCAUGAAAUAUUAAAAUAUUAAUCCCAAACUUUAUGAACUGGAUGUUGCUUAAAAAUCUGUAUCACUGCCAUGUUGGAAAAUUCAGACUGCUUUUGUGAUGUUUCAAAUUAAUAAAACCAUCCUCCUUAUCCAUUUACAUGUAUCCUCAUGAUUAUCUACACAAAGUAUAGAAAAUUCUCUAAAGCACUGGAUAGCGGCUGAUUCGUUUGAGUAUUGUAGUUCAAGAUACAAUGGGAGAAUGAAUAAUCAACAUAUAAAAUCUAAUGGAAAAUUUUCCAUGCUGCCAUCAGAAAUAUAGUCUGUCUCCUGCUACAAAAAAAAACACUGAAAAACAAUAUAAAAGCCUAUGUGGUUUCUGAA